GUGACAGAAAUUCAGGGAUUCAAUGAGCCUCAAAAGGAGGAAUAUUUCAAGAAGAGAAUCAGUGAUGAGCAUCAAGCCAGCAGAAUCAUCUCACACAUUAAAAGAUCAAGAAGCCUCCACAUCAUGUGUCACAUCCCCGUCUUCUGCUGGAUCUCAGCCACUGUGCUUCAAAACCUCCUGAAACAAGAUGACAGUGCAGAAAUCCCUCAGACUCUGACUGAAAUGUACAUCCACUUCCUGCUGACUCAGAUCAACAUGAAGAGUCAGAAGUAUGAUGGGAAAGAUCCAGAGAAACCCCUGAAGUCCAACAGAGAUGUGAUUGUGAAACUUGCUAAACUGGCUUUCAAACAGCUGAUGAAGGGCAAUGUGAUGUUCUAUGAGGAGGACCUGAUUGAGAGCGGUAUAGAUGUCACUGACGCCUCAGUGUAUUCUGGGAUUUGCACUGAGAUCUUUAAGGAGGAAUCUGUGAUUCAUCACACGAAAGUUUACUGCUUCAUUCAUCUGAGCUUUCAGGAGUUUCUGGCUGCUUUCUUUGUGUUUUACUGUCAUAUCACCAAGAACAAAGAAUCACUGAAGUCAUUUCUGAAUAAAAUAUGCCGGCAGUACAGUCUCUCUCUGUAUGAUCUACUAAUCUCAGCAGCUGUUAAAGCCUUACAGAGUGAAAAUGGGCACCUGGAUCUUUUCCUGAGGUUCCUGCUGGGUGUCUCACUGAAGUCCAAUCAGAGACUCUUACAGGAUCUACUGAGACACACAGUGAACAGCUCAGAGACCAUCAAGAGAAUCAUACAAGACAUUAAAUAUGCAAUCAAGAGUGAUGUAGGUCUCUCAGCUGACAGAUGCAUCAAUCUGUUCCUCUGUCUGCUGGAAAUGAAGGAUCAGACUCUGUACAGAGAGAUUCAGGAGUUUGUGAAAUCAGAGAAACUCUUGAUGAAUAAACUCUCUCCGUCUCACUGCUCAACAAUCACCUACAUGCUUCAGAUAUCAGAGGAGGUGCUGGAUGAGUUUGAUCUGAAGAAAUACAACACAUCAGAUGAGGGUAGAAGGAGACUGAUACCAGCUGUGGUGAACUGCAGAAAAGCUCUACUUGCUGACUGUAAUCUCACUGAUCAGUGCUGUGAAAGUUUGUCUUCAUCUCUACAAUCAUCAAACUCACUGAGAGAGCUGGACCUGAGUCACAAUGACCUACAGGAUUCAGGAGUGAAGCUUCUCUCUGAUAUACUGAAGAGUUCACACUGUCAACUCAAUACACUGAGACUUGCUGGCUGUAAUCUCACUGGUCAGUGCUGUAAAAGUUUGUCUUCAUCUCUACAAUCAUCAAACUUCUCACUGAGAGAGCUGGACCUGAGUAACAAUGACCUGCAGGAUUCAGGAGUGAAGCUGCUCUCUAAUGGACUGAAGAGUUCAAACUGUCAACUCAACAUACUGAAGUUAUCUGGUUGUAUGGUGACAGAGGAAGGCUGUUGUUUUCUAGCUUCAGGUCUGAGUUCAAACCCCUCACACCUGAGAGAGCUGGAUCUGAGUUACAAUCACCCAGGACAAUCAUUAGUCAAGCUGCUCUCUGAUCCAAACUACAGACUGGACAAACUCAAUGUGGAUCAUGGAGGAGAGUUCAGGAUUACAGCAGGACUACAGAAAUGUAAGUCUUUUUCACUCUCUCUCACACAUGCAUGCAAUCUUACACUGGAUCCAAACACAGCAAACACUCACCUGUCUCUGUCUGAGAGGAACAGAAAGGUGACACGUGUGAGAGACAAGCAGCCAUAUCCUGAUCAUCCAGAGAGAUUUGAGUGUCAUCAGGUUCUGUGUAGAGAGAGUCUGACUGGACGCUGUUACUGGGAGGCCGAAUGGAGCGGUGGAGGGGUUAAUAUAUCAGUGGCAUAUAAAGGAAACAGCAGGAAAGGACAUGUGUCUCUGUGUGAGAUCAAACAGCUUCCUGUGAGAAACAACUGA